AUGGAAAAUUUUAUCAUGCCCCAUCAACCAGAAUCAAUUCAAGCCAUGAUUCACUCUUCGGGGGAUGAUGAAGAAAUCGUCUUAGCUCGAAACGACUUUGUCGCCGUCAUGAAAGCAAAAGAAAGAAAGAAGAAAAUUUUAAAACAGGAAAUUCCACAACGCAUCGUUCUUGCGUCUAAUGAGAUCGAGUAA